ACACGCACAUGAACAUAAUUAGUUCACUUUAGCCAUUUCUCUUUAAAAAAGGGAAUCGACGAUCCGAAAAAAGAAAGUACAAAAUAAAGAUGAAACUCUUAUCUCAACCCCAAAUCCUUCUUCUCUCCAUAGCCAUUCUUCUCUUCAUCACAUCAUCAUCAUCAUCAUCAUCAUCAUUAUCACCAUCACCAUCACCAUCACCAUCAUCAUCAUUACCAUCAUCAUCACCAUCAUCACGAUCACCACUAUUAUCGCCAUCAUCAUUACCAUCACCAUCAUUAUCACCAGCAUCACCACAACCAUCAUCACCAUCAUCAUCAUCACCACCAUCAUCAUCUUUAUCAAGACAUUUAAAUCAAACCAACUUAGAUUACAUAAAAACUUCAUGCAACCACACACUCUACAAAACCCUUUGCUACAUCUCUCUAUCUCCUUACGCCUCAAAAAUCAUUUCCAACCCUCAAAACCUCGCCAUCAUCGCCCUUAAUCUCACCCUCACCUCAGCCAAGUCCACCUCUAAAUUCAUCAAAAACGUUUCUCAUGGAGGUGGUCUAACAGGUUUGGAAGCAGUUGCUGUUGCUGACUGUGUGGAAGAGAUUGGCGACUCGGUGAUUUCACUUCAAGAUUCGAUAAGAGAGUUGGACUCGAUCAACCAUAAAGAUAGUCGGAAGUUUGAGAUGGUUAUGUCAGAUGUUCAGACAUGGGUUAGUGCUGCUCUCACGGAUGAUGAUACAUGUAUGGAUGGUUUCAGGAGAAUCAAAACGGUCGUGAAAGAUUUGGUUCGGCAACAUGUUGUUAAGGUUGCUCGGCUGACCAGCAACGCACUCGCUCUCAUUAAUAUGUACGCCUCCACGCAAGAAAACUUAUCAUAGUCAAAUUUUCAUAUACAAAAAUAAAAAAUUGUUUUAUACUUUCAUUACAAAAAAAAAAAAAAAAAGCUUAUGAUUGUAUGUGUACUUUAGGUAUUGUGAUUUUUUAAUUUCUGUGUAUAAAAAAAUUGUAUGUGAAGAUUUUGUAUUAUUUUGACGGUGGUGGACAAGUUCAAGUGUUCAACCCCUUUGUUGGGCUCAAAUUACGGCAAGAAAAUAUCGUAUUAGUAAGAUUCGUUAGUAUAA